AUGGCGACAAAUGUUGGUGGUGGAAUGACGUCAUCGGAUGAUUACGACGAUUACGAUGAUCACUUUGUUGAUCCAUUCGAGAUGAUCUCUUCAUCAGCAUUUCUCAUUCUUGGUGUCACGACGAUUUGGAUCUAUUACCGUAUUGCAAAAUUUCAUUCUACAAAUGGCUUCAAAACAAACUUUCAACGAAUUUUCUUCAUCCUCAUUACAAAUGACAUGGUCUCUUUCCUCGCUCAACUCUUUGACGUUCGUUUACCCACUUGGGGCGUUCACGAAUGGUAUUUUUACAUAAAAGAGGGUCCCGUUCCAACGAUACUUAACUAUCUCUCUACAGUAACUUUGAUGAUUCAAAGUUUUGGCACUUUAUUGGUAGCGAUAAAUCGAGCGACUUCAUUGAUGUUUCCUGUUCAUUAUGAAAGGGACAUAGAGAACUGGAUGUAUUUUGGCGUGAAUAUGAGCUGUCUCUUCUUGAGUUUCCCUCUCAAUUUCUACCUUGGAUAUCGAUUGUUGAUCAAGAGAAAAGAAGUGAAGCUAACUCGUCGAGAAUUCGCUUUCCAUGCGACUACUGUAUUCCAAUUCAUUAUGGGAUGCGUAAAUGCUAUUGAUACGAUCAUUUGCAACACUCAAUCAAUGGAUGAUUACUGGAUUUUCUUUGAGACAGCCCCAAUUUUCUGUGAUUUGUGCAAUUUUGCGCCAUUGUGGUUUAUCUUCAUUGUCUCAAAAGAGAUUCGAUCGAAUGUUUUCGGGAAAAGGGAAGACUCGAUAGUUCUGGGAAAAGUAUCGAAUUUCACGACUUCUCCGCGAAGAUCCACCCGAAGUAUCAGCACGAUCUCGGUGAUCUCGGCGAUCCAAGCACAU